AUGGCCUCAAGCGAUGAAACCCCAGGUCAAAUGCCUCCCGGUGAUGGCUCCGUGCCGCCGGGGAAGCCAAUGACUGUGGGACAGCAUAUAAUCGACAAAGGGGCUCAAAUGACGCAAUCCUUGAAACCAAUCAAGCAGAUGAGCCAGCAUGUUUGCACUUUCGCAUCAUAUAGCCAUGAUAUGACCCGACAAAUCGAGACUCAUCACUAUGUUAGCCGCCGCAAUCAAGAUUUCCUCCAGUGUGAUGUUUAUGAUUCUGAUGACCCCAAUGGACGGCCAAUCGGGGUUGAGUAUAUAACAUCAGAUAUGAUCUUUGAAACUCUUGGUCCGAAGGAACAGAAGCUUUGGCAUUCACAUGGUUACGAGAUUACAUCAGGGCUGUGGGUGAAUCCUCGUGUUCCAGAGAUGAUUCAGAAGCCUGAACUCAGAGAUUUAGCCCGGAGUUGCGGCAAGUUUUGGUGCACAUGGCAAGUUGACAGAGGUGAUAGACUUCCCUUUGGUGCACCUGCACUGAUGAUGUCUCCACAAGGUGUGAACGUGGGCAUGGUGGAUUUAGUUAAGAAAAUGAAUGAUAAUUACAGGAUAUUAUCUGAAGAACUGAAAAUAAGCAGAAUCGAUAUAGCAAUACCUGAGAUGACGAAUUCUUAUGCUGAUUACUGGAUGCAGACUGGCAAGGGUUUUGCUAUUGACAUAGAGAAGACAUAUAUGCACACCAUAUCUGGGGACAUGGCACCACCGGCAUUGAGGCGCAGCAUCGAAGGCACAAUCGUCGCUACUCACCAAACAAAAAGGCAUUCUGCCUAG